GUUUUUUUUUCUCAAAGCACUACAGAAAGCAAUGGGAAUUGCUCAUCUGAGGUCAGCGGAAAGCUCUCAUAAUUAACAAUAUGUGCAGCUGUUCGAUUGUCCUGCAACAGGAAGUGCUGAAUGUCACAGCUGUUGCUUAUCUAAUGUGCACUACCUUCUGCACUACACCUGAAGGAUUAGAAGCAAUGUGGGGAAAUGUUACAAAAGGCCAAACAUAUUUGGAGCAUCAUUAAUCUUUACCCACUCCAUGUUGCUGCGUGGACACUCUUAUAUCAUCUUUUCCCACUGAUGCCGUGAAUGGGGUUUGGCAAUUUAAUUUCACAAGUUAAAGAAUCAAGAAGGAAUCACAGGGUCUGAUGUCAGUGUUCUGGACUUGACCAAGUAGGAAGAGUCCAACAAAAAGGCAGAGGCUGAGAGAGGCUAACACACCCUCUAAUCUCCCCAACACUCCACACAGUCCUGCAGCACACAUGCUCACAAACACAUACACACACACUUCUAUCUCAUCUCUCUUGCACUAAACAUGCUCUGUUGGGAAUUGAGUUUAGCCCUACUGUUCACCGGCUUCUCAGCGUGGGCUCUGCCUUCAACCAACAUCAAGAUCACACAAGCACUGCCCCUGCAACUGUCAGACUCAAACCAGCCUGUGACAUGUCCGCUCUUCUGGACUGAAUUUGAGGGUUACUGUUACCGCUUCUUCCCCUUGAACCGCACCUGGGCCGAGGCAGAUCUGUACUGCGCUGAAUUCUCAAACGGACACAAAUCAGCCAAACUCACCUCCAUCCACAGCUGGGAAGAAAAUGUGUUUGUCUAUGAUCUUGUGAACAGCCGUGUACCAGGAAUUCCAACAGAUAUUUGGAUUGGCCUUCAUGAUAGAAGACAGGAGGGCACUAUGGAGUGGACAGAUGGGUCACCCUAUGAAUACAGUUACUGGGAUGGAAAUCAGCCAGAUGAUGGCAUCCAUCGCAUCCCUGAGGAGGAGGACUGUGUGGAGAUCUGGUACAGACAAAACAGUGCACUGAGGUCUUGGAAUGACAACAACUGUGAUAAGGCCUUUCCAUUCGUCUGUAAGAUUCCUACACUGGAAAACUAACCUCAGAUCUAAGAUUGUUUUUCCAGUUUUUUAUCAUCAACAGUGACACACCUACAUCCCUCGAUCACAAGAUGUCCGUUCGUCUGCAUCCCUGCAGUGAUGAUGGCCUCUCUCUAACCUGUUAUAGGCAUUUCACACGCAUUUCUCUCCCCCUUCCCAAUCUCCUGUCCCUAAUUACUGUUGCUGUUUUCUUGUUUCUCUGGGGCCAUGACUCAUGACACACACAUUCCUUUGUUUAACACUUAAAACUGGAAAUUAACCUUUUUUUCUCACCAGUGGUGCUGUUGAUAAUAUGUUAAUAUUGAUGAUAUUGUUGGGAAUUAUAGUUACAGUUGUAGCUAGAGACCUGCACUGGUCUCCACAGAGUUGCAGUAUUGGUGUUAUAGACUAAACAUUUAGUUCACAAGGAAAAAUGAGGUCCCCACCCUUAAUCAUCUGGCUUUUCAUUUUUUUUUUCAAAUAGGGUAUAUUUGCAGAACCCCCAAAUGUUUAUUUUUGUAAAAAGAUGGUCAUAUUUUUGGAUGUGGAUGUGUCCAUAUAAUGACUCCUAAGUCUGGAUCUGGCAUCCGGAACACUGUCCAUGUCCGUCUGUGCACAUUUUAUCUAUCAGUGACCUAGAAGGUGAGAUUCUGAAAGAGAAGGGAUUUAAAUCUUUGUUGACUGCAAAGCUUCAAAAGACAGAAAGAGCUUAACCUCAGCCAGGCUUUUAACCUUUCCACCUUUCCUGCUUUUCUCUCCAGCUCAUGGGCCGUGCCAAUUAGUGACCAAAAUCUCUCUGUUCUUAUCCACACACAGCUGUUGGUAAAACAACCUUGCGCACCUAAAUUUUCACCACUGACAGGGUUGAGCAAAAUUCAGAAUUUUAAAGACUGUCUUUUUUUCACUUUUUAAGUCAUGAGCUGAUUUGGAUUUUAAAUUUGAUGGUUUUACAAUUCAAAGAAAUUUAACCCAGUCACCUGAUAGAGGAGUUUGGUGAUGAAAUAAAUAAUUACAUAAUUUUCACUAAAUUUCCAUCCUUUUUUAUGUUAACUUUUGCAAGUUGGACAUCGUUGACCAUCGCAUUAUCGUCUUUUGCAGUGUCUUGCACUGUUGUACAUUAAAUGUAUCUUCAUUGCUA